GACGCCCUUGCCCAUCCUAGCUUCGUCACAAAAGGUUUCCAAGCGAAGUUUUCUUACACGGGGAAUAUACUAAUUGACGAAUGACGGCCAGCAACGUGAUAACGCUGCGCGAGCCUACUCGUUCGCAGGUCCUGCAGCCAUAAUAGUAAGGCAGACAGGUCCUUGUCAGCCGCACGACUUGCAGCAUGCAGAUGGCGACGCGGACGAUGUCUAUAACAACACAGCCGGUCGCACAGAUUCUUGCCAUCGCUGCCUGACAACCACUUCCUCUCUGUCCGGACUCUGAUCUACUUCACAGUAUAAUUGUGUCCUUCUAUGAUCCCUCUUCGCGAGGGUAGACCUGUUCAACAACUCACCAGAGUUCCCCGCAACCCGAUCGACCCUUCAGAGCAGCUUGUACACUGCAAUGACCAUGUCAUACAACUACGCAAGCACGCCUCUUGAGGAAUGGCAGGACUUCGUCCUCUGGGACGAGGACUGCUACAGCAGCGCAACAGCCAACCGAUGCAGCACCCAUCUCGUUUACCUUGGGACUGACGUGUCUGGCACCGAAUCACCCUAUGCCACAUCGGCACCUCCUUCCAACUAUGAUGGGCCUUCAUCUUACGAUUACAAUGUCUCGGCACCGCCGUCGAUCAUUGGAGAAUCUUCAUCAUAUGGCCAGUUCUACGGCACUUCACCAACGAUCUCCUCCACUGCUACAUCUCCACUGGUGGGCCGAGACGAUGGCCGGUACUUUGGAUCUUUCGGAGCUUGUGACAAAUUUCUAUCACCUCUGAGGGAGACCAACGAGUCGCCACUCAUAGAUACCACCCGCGAGCGAAUCAUCGAUUCUACCAGCUCUCUGGCCAUGACAGCAGGUCAAGUCUUUACUCCGCACCUAGCGAUCUCGAACCAGGCAUUCAGUGGACGAGAUAUGGUCGCGUCUCAGAUUCUCACUUCCAACACAGGCACAUGGGCUGAGCCGUCAUUUGUCGACGAAUCGAUCGCGGAAGGGGAUGAGAAUAGUAGCUCGAUUCUGACAGCACCUAUUCCAAUAAUAAGGGCCCAAACUAUGAGCUUGAACGGCUCCUUCGACUCCUACGAUCCCUUGCGACACUCACUCGAUAACCGAACUAGAGCCAUCACCAUCCCGCAACCAAGUGGAACCCGCAGCGCCGGAGCCGCACGCUCUCGAUUCGCACCGCCCAUGCUAUCUACCUCCCCUGUUCAACGUCGACCACGCAGCAGCACUCUUUCGAGGAGCAGCUCACGCGCUGAGUACCGCAAAAACCGGACAUCUCCAUCGCCGACAUCUGCACAAUCUUUCGGCUUUGUAACUAUGCAGAUGGACAGCCAGUCCGGCCGAAUGGCAGCAUCCACCACUCCUGAGGGCCCCCAUACGCGAGUUGCCAAAGGCCGCAAGAAGAGCCUUGAUCCAAAGCAACGAAGUGAUGCAGCUCUCAUGCGUAUCAUUGGCUCUUGCUCUAAUUGCAAGAAACGUAAAGAGAAGUGCGACCCUGGCACGCCUUGCAAAUCCUGCCUCAAGCACUACAAAGGCGAUCUAGUCAACAAUCCGUGCCGCAACCAUGCACUAGCGCAUCUUUCCGAGGCCUUUCUGUCCAGCAAGCAUGGCUGGCAUCCCACAAACCGGACACUCCAGGACUGCAUGCGCACAGACAAGCUCACGAUAUCGACCGACAUCACGUAUAAGAUCCCUUUGCACUUCGGCUUUGGUCUGCCGAUGUCUCUGGAAGUCCAUCCGGUCCUUCUCAACAAUCAGCAGUCGUGUGUACACGAGCACUUGGUGUACUCUUGGCCGCCUUCGUCAUCUCCCCCUGCAACUCUCCCUCAGCCCGUUCUUCCCGCUCUUCUCACGUCAUCCAUGCUUUCGAGUCUGGAACAGAGCAUCAACGUGCACCUCGAACAUCUGGUAAUGUCAGAGUUCAAAGCCUUCCCACCCUACUGCUCACCCUUUCGGAUUCUUCACAGGACUUAUGUAUUCUUCCGGUCUUUGACGAAGGGCUCCGAGCCAGCACACCUUCUGCUGCAAGCUCUCAAAUUGCUCGUGCUCGUCCACGUGGGUGGUGACAUCACUUUACCCAAACAAUCCGAGAACGAUUCCUUGAGACAACUUGUACGAUGCACCAUGAACGUACCCGAACACUACCAACCGUCACCCUGCCUCAUCCGCGCACAAUUCGGCGCCAUCAUGCCUCUGCUGGCUGGAAAGCUGAUGAAGGAAGUGCUCUCUACCCUCGAACGCAUCCUUCUUAGCCGCAAUGGCGACCACUGGCCCAUCGCUCUCGCAACACUCAUCGUGGUACUGAUGACUGUCGAGUCUAUCCACUACCAUGCGGCAAAGCUCCCGUACCACCACGCGUACGAUGACGAUAGUCCAUCAACUCCAGUUGGUAGCUUCGGUGCUGGCGAAAGCGCUGUUGACACAAUACUAUCGUUGUAUAAAGAGUGCUUCUCCGCAUGUCACACUCGACUCCAACCGAAUUGGAAAGGAGACCCGCACACCAACACCGGACAGAGCACAUCCACCGACCACUUUAUCAAAAGCGUGCGCGAGGCUCUUGCCAAAGAUGGCGUCGAGAGCUAUCUUGGAGGUAAAGCUAGCGAGAAGAGGUUCGAAGAGGAGGACAUGGAGUUUUUCUUUGACAGACUGGUGGCCAGACUGUUGCUCCCAGAUUCCUGAAGGGGACGCUGCAUUGACACAGCAGGCAUAUUUUCAAGGUUCACGAUUUCACGACUGCUACGAUCUUAUUCUUUGUUGCAUCGGCGUUGGUGGACACCUAAUGCCUUUCUUCGCUUCUCUGAAUUUUUUUGCCGGCGGCGCAUGUUGUACGCUAGUGUAUGCAGACUGUUUACGUAGAGACCAAGAAUACCGCAUUGUUCACACCCAAC